AUGCGGGACAACGCUAGCUCCGCGUAUCCUUGCGGAUGGCUUGUCAACGACAAGCCCUGCCCAAGAGGUAUGACUUGUGGCCAUGACCAUGAUUCAUCCCAGGUCGAAAACUGGAAGAAUGAUAUGGGAAAGAAGGACUGGAGGAAGGGAGAGAAGUGCGAGCACCUUUCGAGGGGCAAUUGCCUCUAUUACCAUCCCGCAUGGCACGUCCAACGCAAUCUCUCAUACAAUGAGACGACCGUCAAGCGGCAUGACUUGAUCCGAAAGGAUUUAAAGCUUUUGGAGUGGUUCAAGUUGCAGGACCUAGACAUGGGAGAGGAUGCACCUGUCGAGAUUAAAGAUGUGCGUGCCAUCUCCAGCUUCAACAAGAUUGGCAACAACCAGAUAGCGGUACCAGGUGUUCCUCCGCGCCUCCAUCCUUUGACCCAGCGGCUCAAUCUCAAGCUUGAUCAACUCAAUAAGUCCCUGACAGGGAACUACUCGACGUACACUCAUCACUUCGAGCCGCUCAUUCGAUCUAGCGAAGUGGCCGAUCCCAAAUAUGCCUUGAUCAAAGCAGACAUCGUCACCAACGCCAGUAACCUACGCAAGAUGUUUAUGCUCUUCCAAAUCAACAACUAG